CAGGAGCUGCAGUUCAUCCAGGAGAGCACAGCUUGGCCAAGAUCCUCCGCCUGAUUUGGGUUUCAGCUAAAGGAAGGCUAUGGUAUCUACAAAGAAGAUUCUGAAGUCUCUCUUUGUCCUUUUACACCUCACAGUGUUGGUGGGACCCGCAACAGCUUGUGUUUCGCGCCGAUGUCUGGCUAAUGAGAUCAUUGAAAAGAAUCUGUACAGUCCUCCACAGCCUCCAGAGUGUGCCAUCAGUGUGAACCUCACGUCCAUUCAGUACCAGACGCUGUCAGUCAACACAAAAGUUCUGCGCUUCUCAAGUCGCUUAAAAAUCAGCAUGGAAUGGAAGGAUCCAGACCUUGCAUGGACAGAUCCACAGUACAAGUUUAAAGAACUUAUACUGCCAUCUGAAAAAAUCUGGACUCCCAAUCUGACAGUGGACAAUGCAAUUUACACAGUGGUGAAGCCCGUUUCUAAGGAUAUUCUGGUGAGAAGUGAUGGCACUGUGAAUUAUGCAGUUGCUAUGUACAUAACGGUGGUGUGUGGAAUCAACCUGUUCACCUACCCCUUUGUCACCGAUUCAUGCCCUGUGGCCAUCAAUGGAUGGAAUCAAAGCUCUUGUGGGCUGAAUCUCCAGUAUGGGUCGAUACGCUCAGUGGGAGGAAACAGAGGGGAAUGGAAAACGCUGGCAGUGACUCUCCAGGGAAAAAAACGUAACUACCUCCAAGUCACUCUGUCAAUCAACCCUUUUAAUGCAAUGGUGUCACUGGUCCUGCCCAGUGCACUCAUCAUGGUGGUGGACCUGGUUAGCUUUGCUCUGCCACUGGACGGCGGAGAACGCAACCCCUUCAAGAUUAAGCUGGUGUUCAGCUUCACCAUGUUUCUUAUGUUGCUGUGCAAACAACUGCCUGACUCUGGCACCUGCAGCCCUCUGCUCUAUUAUCACUACUGCUUCUGCCUGAUUGUGCUGGUUCUGAGCGUGCUGACAUCCAUGGUAAUGACUCGGCUGGCUAAAAAUGGUCACAUCUGGCCUGGCCAGCCACAAAAGCUCCACGGAUCAAGCAACUCUGACACACAAGAGGAUGACGUGUGUCAGAAAAAAGCUAUCGACCUCAGUGGUGGCAUUACAAGUUCUGCAAAGCCAGCUACGAAAGAGGCCUCCAUCCAGAGCAUUUCUAGUUUCCUGGAGAACAUGGACAAAGAAGCGAGGGAGAAAAAGAGGAGACAGAACUACGCGAACUUCUGGGACAGAAUCUGUUUCUGGACAUACCUGAUCGUGGACAUCAUCUACAGCUUAAGUAUAAUUGGUAUCACGAGAGCGCAAUUUUGUAAGAUUAAUAACCUGGAAUUUUAAGAUGAGGAGUGGUUUAUUUCUCGUCUUCUAACUGUUGCCUGAGCAUGAUGGAUAAACAUACAGUGGCCCCUAGAAAGUACUUGGACACGUUCACUUUUUUAACCCUUUCUAAACUUAAAAGAAGUUCUUUAGGUUACAUAAAAAUGCUUAACUGAAUGACAUUCGUUUCAGAACAUUUUUAUCAGAACGUUAAACGUAUAGAAGGCUUUAUGAGGAGAAACCCUGGAGAAGAGUUCAAACCAGACUUCACUAAGGCUACUGUAAAGUUCUCUUUUCUUUCCUACCAUCUUUUGUGUGUGGGGGACUCAAAUAUGUGGGGCUGAACCAGUGCCACUGGCGUUGUGUUGUCUACGCUGCCCGGGAGAUGCCACUGUCAGUCAUUCUGCAUUCUGACAAACCCACAGUCCUGAGCAGCCAGCAGCUUGGAAUUUUU